ACGUUAUAAAAAGUGGGGGGAAAGGGUUCCCUGCUCAAACAUUCUAACGGUUUGACUCCUCCACCACCGAGCAGCUCCUCCCGAACCGACGUGGUCUCGUUCCAAGAUGAACAGAGUUCUUCUCCAGCUCGUUGCAGUCGGAUUCUGCUUUGCAGUCGUUCAAGCUCUGCAGUGCUACGAAUGCAAAUUUGGCGUCGGGAACCUAUGCGCUACAUCCAAAGUCACUUGUGCAACCGGAGAACAGUGCUUCAGUGGUGUUGGGGAGGCAGCCGGCUUUGUGAGCAUCAAGAUGAAGGGCUGUCUAGAAUUGGCCAAGUGCAACAAGACGGAGGACACGGUGUUACCCGGCAACACCACCGUCUACAAGAUGUACAAGACGUGCUGCAACAGCGACCUGUGCAACGCGGCGCCCGGGACCUCCGGCCUGAGCACGGCGCUCGCCACCAUCGCUGCUCUGUUUGUGGCCAACACCCUGCUCUAAGCAGAAAGACGACGCACCUCGGCACCAGAAUGAUAAAAUGAUCACCUCAGACAUGCUUUUUUUCCGGUUUUUACUUGCACACAGAUUUGGGUUCAAAUGAAAUUUCCCCCUUUUUUUCCAUUAAUCUGAAAGCUAUCUUUCCAUGUAUGUUGAAAGUUCAAAGGAUGCUACAAUUAGCAAAACGUUUAGACAAAUUAAUAAAAUGUAAUUGACUAAAUUGGUUUUGUUGGCCCAGUAAUGACAUUACGUAACUUAAUAGGCCGACAUUUUGUGACCUGUGCUAUUUUUGCCUUUCUUUGCCAAGCGUUGUAAUGCAGAUCAAUAACUAAUAGUCUCUUGUGUUCAUUAAGUGUGAAGGUUUCUGCUUGCAUGGUGCAGUUAGAGGUUUAAAAAUUAAAACUCCCUUUGUUUCAUUUUAAUGUUGCGCGAACCAGCAACUGACUGUAGCUUCAUGUUUUUUGUAAGAAAUGUGUCGUUGUUCCAUUUAACUCUUUGCUAGACGAGGAAUCUUUAUCUUUUACAUACGGUCAAAGUAUUCUAGUCCUGGAACUGCUGUUGACCCACUGAAUAGUAACUUCAGAGUCCCGAUUUAAUCCAGAGCUCACGGCUUCAUGAGCAUUUUAAAGAAUUUCACUUGUUAACCUGUUGGCUUAAUAUUUAGCUAAAAUAAUGAACGUGGUCUACUGGCUGAUGUCUGAACAGAUUUACUGAUUUCGAUAUUGAAAUUCCAGCUGAUUGUAAUAUGUCGGGGGUUGUUGGUCUUUAAAUGGUUCAGUUUAGAUGAAAUUGACUUUUUGGCAUUGUUUAAAAAUGUAUAAAUAAAUUCACAUAUCCGUUCUGGGGCAAAGGAAUGUGUGUCAACCUCUGCUUCUUUGUAGUUGUCUCUGCUUGUUGACCUUCUCUGUGGAGCAGCUGCUUAUUUGGAUCUGGGUACAUAACACCUCAGAAGGCUUCUGCUGGGAUUCUGGCACACGAGACAAUUUCUGUGAGGAAAUCUGCAUUUGAAGCAAUACCUGCACGCAGAUAGAGCUUCAGCCAGUGAAUCUGCAAAUUAUUUAUGAAUGGCCUUCCAUGUGCCAAGUGUAGUCUGUCUUUUGGGGACUUUUUAAUGUUCACAAAGUUAGAUCCUCAUAAUUUAACUAAGUAAAAUACGUUCAUAACUUAUUUGAGUAACUUUAUAUUUCAGUAGACUGACUCUACAUUUCCCCACUUCACUGCUCUCCUUAGAAAGACUCGAUACCCUUGAGCUAAAGGAAGUGUAAGUAAAAAAAAAAAUGUUUCCACUAAAAUGCCAAAUAUUCUCUGGUUUCAACAUAUCAACGGGGAAGUGGUGAUUCUCUUCUGCCUGUGUGAUGGAUAUUAAAUUGAAUAUUUGUGUUUUACUCUUACAGCCAUGUUACAGUCUGUGAAUAUUUGUACAUAUUUGUACAAGCAUAAAGAGACUUAAAGAAGCAGGUGUGGUGACUGGUUCCCUCUGAACUCGAUAAACCAGCCGUGGGAGUUUCAGCUUCUUCACCAGAAGCAUCGACACAUUCCCCCCUGACGUAAGGAUGAAGACAAAGGACUUGGGCGGUGUGGAGGUAAAAUAACCUGUUCUUGCACCCUCCUUUGUCUUUAACCGUAUAAAUAUCCCACCAGAACAAGUCUCCUCAGAAUAUUUCAACAAACCACAUCUGAUCAGCUGGAAGGAUUCUUUUUGUCUUCAAGCAGAAACCAAGGACCAACUCAUCAAGAUGGGAAAAAUUGUAAUUGUGAUCAUUGGAGUUUUGGCCUCCUUAAUGCUGGCGGAUUCACUGACCUGCAACCAAUGCAAAUACAGUCUGUUGAGCUUCUGCAUAGGUAACAGUGCUUUGACCUGCCCGACCAACACCAGCGUCUGCUUUAGUGGAAAUACUACUUUCCCAGACCUUUCCGGCGUGGGCUUCAAAAAUCAGGGAUGCAAGGAGAUUGAUGGCUGCAACGCCACCACCAACGGCACCCUGUUGGGAAUCAGCUACCAGACCAAAAUCAGCUGUUGCUCCUCAGACAAAUGCAACAACGCCGCCCCGUCCACCAAGAUGACCUUCACCGCCGUCAUCGGUGUAGCCGCCAUGGCCCUCAUGUGGGGAAGCGUUUUGUAACAUGGCUGCUUUUGAGUCCAUUUUUACUCCCUGAAAUGAUUCAGGUGAGGUCCAAAUGACCCAAAUAAACUGUCACGAGUUUACAAAAGAUUAUCUAUAUGGUCUCAGGCUGCGGCCCUCUUCAUUUACAAUAUAACUCAGGGAUUUUCAUGCCACGGACCAGUUCUUAUAAUGGCAAAUUACAAAAGUUCUGGAAGUCGAUCAAUGGAAUGUUUGCUAAAAAACGUUGAGCUCUUAAAUCUUCCAGAUUGAUCUCUUUCUCUGUAUUUAUCCUUCUAAACUACUUUGUGUCUCACUGGAAAACAUAUUAAUGUGAAAAUAAAGAACUACUAAAUGUU